AGAGAGGGAGAGAGCGUCUGAGCAGCGCCGCCUUUUCCAUCCAACAUCUCAGAACUCGAGUGGGAGCGCACUCAGCUACACCCAGUCCGUACUCCCCCCUCUUCUUCCUCCUCUUCAAAAUGUCCGGGGGCAGCGACUUUGGGAGUCCUUUAAGAAAAUUCAAACUGGUCUUUCUCGGGGAGCAGAGUGUUGGAAAGACGUCUUUGAUCACACGGUUCAUGUAUGACAGCUUUGACAACACGUAUCAGGCCACAAUUGGAAUCGACUUCCUGUCGAAAACCAUGUACUUGGAAGAUCGGACGGUGAGGUUGCAGCUGUGGGACACAGCAGGGCAGGAGCGCUUCAGGAGCCUCAUCCCCAGCUAUAUACGGGACUCCACUGUGGCUGUGGUGGUCUACGACAUUACGAACGUCAAUUCUUUCCAGCAGACAUCAAAAUGGAUCGAUGACGUGAGAACGGAGAGAGGCAGCGAUGUCAUCAUCAUGCUGGUCGGCAAUAAAACAGACUUAGCGGACAAGAGGCAAAUCACAAUUGAGGAAGGCGAGCAGAGGGCCAAAGAGCUGAGCGUCAUGUUCAUCGAGACCAGCGCCAAGACAGGUUACAACGUCAAACAGCUGUUUCGCCGUGUAGCUGCUGCCCUUCCAGGGAUGGAAAGCAUGCAAGAAACAAGCAAAGAAGGGAUGAUUGACAUCAAGUUGGACAAACCGCAGGAGCCCCAGACCACUGAAGGCGGCUGUUCCUGUUAAUGCUCUGCACCCAUUCUGAGGGGAAAACCAUCAUUUACACCACAUGCUUGUUUUGUUGCUUCCUAUUGGUUAACCCGCAGUUGACUUUGCACGUUGAGAAUCUGGCCUCCUCACCUGACUGUUGGUUGGAACGAGCAGUGUGUGGAUUUGGUUUGAAAGUAGCCUGGUUUUGUUACAAAACUGCCAAGUUUAAAAAAAAAAUCCUGCAACUUGCUAAAAAAUCAAAAGAUGUUUGUGGAGGAGGAAAGAUCACCAAGUUGCUUUAUGUGUACACGUUUUAAGGAGUUUCCCUAGUUUCUUUUCUAUUUUUGUAUUCAGGGAAAUCUCUCUGGAAAAGGAGGCAUUCCAUAAAAAAUCAGUCAGUGCCUCCCGCCCGACCCCCUCCGGAGCAGCUGAAUAACGUUAGUGUUUGAAAUGAAGCCAUGCAGAAUUUUACCUGCAUACUAUGAAUGUUUACAGAGCCUUGAAGUGCAUACAGGUGAUUGAAAUGUGGUGCUUUUUAUUUCACUUUAUUUUUUUCUAUAAUCUCUGAUCCCUUAUAACUCCAUAAGUACUGGAGAGAUGCACAUGAAAUUUUCAAAUAAAUUCGACUCCCACUCUGAGUCUCACAAUCUACAGAAACUGAGCAUCAGCGUGCCGUCAUCACUGCAGCAGGUUCGUGUGUGACGUAGAGGAGCAGAAACAAACAUCCUGGAUGUUCGAGCUCUUUCUGAUCAUUCAUAAAGUGCAUUUUGGUCCAAACUCUCAAGGCUCAGCUCACCCUGUGAGAUAUGUGGCUGCUCCAAACGAGUUACAGAACCUGACAGGGCUCCUUUUUGGAUACCAGGCUCAUCUUCUAGCUGUAAUGAAGCAACAUUGGUGUAUAAAGGCCGAACACAUCACACUGAUCUAACAACUUUACGUCCUGACGACGUUUCUCAAAAUCCUUGAAGGGCCUGGAUCUCAGAGCUCUUCUCUUGUUCAGCUCACUAAUGUUACUCACCUUACUAACCUGUAGGGGGCAGCAUCCAGCUGCUGUGCAUAGCUCCUGUACUUAUGAAGUUAUGGGGGAUCAGAAGUGAUGGGUAAAAAAAUGGCACAUGUAUUCUUAGAGCCUGUAACUCUGAAAACAUUCAUAAUAUGAAGAAAGAACUUUGCGUGUCUUCAGUAAAUAUGCUGAAGUUAUUACAGAUAAAGAGUCAGCUGAUUCUGAGGGGGUCAGGUGGGAACUUUCUAAGAUUUCGUUGAUUUGUGUUUUUAAUAAUGCAGCGAGCUCUGUGUGCGAGCUGGAGCAGAGCAGGUGGUUUGGGACGUUUUCUCUGCUGUUCUGUAUCCGAACAGAGCGUUUCUGCCCAGAGCUCAGGUGGGAUCCAAAACUUGCCGUUUGAGUCGUUACAGGACAAACCGAACUGCUCAAGUAUCAAAUGCAUGCCUAGUUUUUAAGCAUAGGUACCGUUUACCCGUGUACACACGUUUGAAUAUGUAAGUGGUAACGUUACACCCGUGACUCGAUGCACUCGGAGGACGACUAGUCCAAGUCUUUUUUGUUUGUUUAUGAACUGGAUUUGUAUACCUGACUACAGGACGUGUUUUUGUCGUGCGUGUGUGUGCGUGUGUGUGCUAAUGUGUGCUUUCUGUAUAGGCGACGUUAGAAUGCAGUUACAUAGAGGGCCACUGCCAAGUCGCGUCAUCCUCGCCACAUGACGGCACCUUUUAGGGCACCAUCGUCACCUGUCAGCUGCUGUCCCAUCGCGCGGUAUCUCGGUGUUUGUGAUUAUGACGCACGUACAGCGUCCUGUGAGUGGGCAGCGGAGAGCCGAAGCCCUCGCCGUGGAUCGCGGAGGGUUCCCUCAUCGCUGACUGGUUCUGUGUUCAAACCGACCUUUAACAUUGUAAAUCAGCUUCAUUCCUGACAGCAGACUAAUUUGCACAUGUAGACCUUUCAGGUUAAUAUGAAGUUAUGAGAAGCUUCAUUAUAAAUGUACAGUCACUUAAUUCAAAGACAUUUCUGAUUGUCAUAGAAACUGUCACAUAACGUGUUCCCACUGAGAUGAUGCUUUUUUGUGUUUGCUGUUUGUGGUAUGAGGAUCCGUGUGUGCCACACUGAUGUUCACACAGCUGCAGACUAAUGCAGCUGUUUCCAUCUGACCUCUGCUGUCCUAAUGAGGCACUAAAGAGUCCAGACUGCAGUGAGUUUGUCCAUCUAACACGGCUGAACGGCGACAUGAACGCCAUCAGAACCGGUCCCGGUUUUCACCGGGACCGGUUUUCACCGGGAAAACGGGCAGACGCUGCUUCCACUUCAGAGAUCCAGUCAGGCUGUCUCUAAAGAGGAUAAGAUGACCAACCUUCUCCUGUCAGAGUCCAGCCAGGACACCCAGCCGAUGGCGGGGGUACAUCACAAAUUUUGAUUGGGAGCAGAUGGGAGGCGCUGUCACGUGACCUGUGUGCACGUCACCUUGGCACUAACGGAUCCUCGUACCGGCGCUUAAACGGACUGCCGCUGUUUGCGGGCAGGAUCACGGCCCGGUUGUGAACACUACUUUGAUCUGUCUUUGAAGUGAAAUCUUUCCUGCACUUUUUAAGAACAUGUUUUAGGUAUAGAGUGACCACGUUGAUGUUUUAGAAACAUGGUUAAAAUAAUAAUUACUGUGUCUUAGAGUAGAGUCAGACAUUUAGGGAUUGUUCACAUUUCCAAAAAAAAAAAACAAAAAAAAACAAAGCUAGUGAACCUUUCUAACCCACAUAAUGAGCCAAAUAAUAAGAAUACUGAGAGACAGCGUUGGUGAAAGAUGAUGAGAAAUGGACUGAAACACCUUUUUUUUGCAGGUUUGCAUUUUAAGUUUGAAUCCCUCCAAAUGAAAGUCGUUGUGUUGCCUCCUCAAACAGGAAUGUUCUCAUUCGGCCUCGUAAGGAGGGAGCUUUGAUUGGUACACACUCACACACUUGUAUUUAUUCCCCUUCAAUAUCACAGUGCACCUUUGUUUCCUGUUAACAUUUCCCUUUGAACUGGACCCAGUGGUCUUGCUGGGGGAGGCGGUCUGUGUUUGACGUUGAGGGGGGGUCCUGUUUGCAGACUCCAUCAGUCCAGACCUGGCUUUCCAUUCACACUGUACAGAGAUCAGCAUGUCUCUCCAAAUGAUUAAUAAAGAUGUCUUAUUACCAAAGUCA